UAAACAAUACGUAGGCUGGUGCUACUCUUCAUUUCGAUCUGAGCUCGCCUGGAGAUCAUCCAGCGGUGCAGUGUAGUGCAAAUUUCACAGUAUCUUUUCAGAACGUACGUACACAAUAAGUGGCAUCUCCUGUGUCCUAAGCGAAGUAAUGAAGCUCGUACAUUUUUCAAUCGUAUUACUAAGCACCGUUUGCUUCGUACGAAACGGAAAUGGAGCGCGAAUUCUGGCGAUGUUCCCUUUGCCUGCCCCGAGUCAUUUCACUAUGUAUCAGGGAGUGCUGAUGGACCUCGCAAAUAGGGGACAUCAGAUAGACGUAGUUAGUCAUUUCCCUCUGAUGUAUCCUUUUCACAACUAUCGAGACAUUGUUGAUUUGAAUGGAAAAAUGGAUGUCAUGGCUAACACCAUGACAUUCGAGACCGUCGAACAUGUUGGAAACAUCGCCCUUGAAGAAUAUGGUGCUCAGAAAGUCGGAAAUGACCUUUGCGAUAUUCUCGGAAUUCCCGAGAUUCAGGAAUUGAUCAAUAAUCCACCCAAGGACCCACCUUACGAUCUUGUAAUUGCAGAGUUCUUCUUUGCAAAUUGCUUCUUCGCUUUCGGGAGACACCUGAAUGUUCCCGUAGUAGCGAUGACAUCGGCACCAACGCUGCACUACUCCAACGAACCGUUGGGCAACCCGCUGAAUCCAGCCAUCGUGCCCGAGUACGAAGACGGGUCAAUAAUUCAUAUGAACUUUUGGCAGCGACUUAGAAACACGCUGUAUACGUUCAAUAGAAUCCGCCGAAUCAGAAGUUUAACCGAGGUGCAGAAUGACGCGGUGAAGAAGUAUUUCGGGUCCGAUAUGCCUGGCGUUCGAGAACUGGAGCGAGACGUAGCCCUUCUUCUGGUAAACUCUCACCAUAGCUUAAAUGGAAUUCGACCCAUGACGCCAGCAAUUUUGGAAGUUGGUGGAAUCCACAUUCGCUUCGAAAACGUCGAGUUACCCGCGGAUCUACGAAACUGGUUGGAUAACAGCACAAGCGGGUUUAUCUACGCCUGUUUUGGAACCUUACUGAGAAUCGAGUCGUUCCCGAAGGAGUUUCUGGCUGAAUUGUAUUCAGGUUUUACGAAAAUUGCGCCGAUACGUGUACUGCUGAAAUCGACGAAUCCGGAAGAGUUGCCACCUGGCCUACCGCAGAACGUGAUGACGAUGAAGUGGCUUCCCCAAGCUGAAGUUUUGAGACACAAAAACAUCCGGGGAUUCGUGACGCACGGUGGUUUGGGGGGAAUCCAAGAAGCGACUGCGUUCGUUGUUCCAUUCGUCGGCAUCCCAAUAUUCGCAGACCAGCCAAGAAAUGUGAAAAAUUGUGUUGAAAAAGGGGUAGCGGUGUCUUUGAAUUACAAGGACUUCACAGCGGACAAAUUCGUAUCAGCCGUCAACGACAUCAUUCAUGAUCCGAAAUACAAAAAUAACAUGAUGAUACUAUCGAAGAAAUUUAUGGACCGACCGCUGAAUCCCCGAGACGCGGCCAUUUAUUGGAUCGAGUACAUCAUCAGCAACGGAGGUGAUUCCCUGCGAUCACCAGCGGUUCGAUUGACUUGGUGGCAGUUGGCACUGCUGGAUGUUUAUGGCAGCAUAUUGGUUGCAGCUCUGGUCACUAUCUAUCUAGUCAAACUUUGCAUUUCGGCCCUGAUUCGCAGAAUUAUACGCUCCAAAGAAACUGUACCGUUGACGAAAAAAAAAAAUUGACGUAGCAAAACGUUUCUAGUAUUCAUUCGUCAUUUUUAUAAAUUGACGGUACGCAGUACAACGGGACUGCGUUAUAAGUAUAGGUUUGACAUUAUAUUGUAGGAUGUAGAAAUAGGGUAACUCGUUUGUAUAAGAUACUUUCAUGCCUGAUCUAACGAAAUAAAAACCUCCAAGAAUUUCUGAACCGAG